AUGUGCAAGCCAAUAAUGAUGACCAAAGCAACGUCAUGCAAUCCAAUUAGAGUCGGAAAAAUUACUCAAACAGAAUAUGGAAAUCCUGAUGAAAAAAAAUUAUUCGUACCGGUGCCAUUUCCGUUAAUAAUCCCUACGCCUUUGCUUUUCAAUGUUGCUCCAACUCCCAAUCCCUUGCCAUUACCUUCACCUGUCCUGGUGCCGUAUGUAACUCCUCUAAGCCAGGAAGCUAUACAAAAAGCUUUAAAACAACUCAAGGAAUUUCAUGACAAAUUGCCUGAAAACGAGAAAGGGACUGAAGAUGAUGAUUUGAAACUGGUUAAUAUAUUAAAAGAACUGCAAAUUAAAUUGACUGAGUCAAGUGAGGUGGUUAGUAAUACCAAAACCGUUGAUGAUAAAAACAUUGAUGAAAAUGAAUUGAAUGCAAAGGCUCAUGGUGAAUUAUUAAACAACAAUACCGUCAACAAAAAUGAAAUCGGAAUGGAUGAUGGACAGAUUGAUUCUUCUAAGGUAUGA